AUGAAGGUUUCGUGGGUCGUAGAUCCAAAGGUCUUUGAGCGGUUCAUCGUGCGCUACAAGCCCGCGGACAGUUCUGAGACGCCACUCGAAAAAACAUUGCCUGGCGAAGUUUCCACAAUUGACCUGACAGACUUGAAGGAAGAUACCACGUAUAUUGUUGAGCUGGUCGGUUACAGACGAGGAAAGCCUUCUAAGCCACUGGUGGCACAAGUUAGAACAGGGACAGAUCUCUUACCUGAAGCAACGACUAUUGGCACAACAGUCACUGCUCAAUUUCUUGAUACCACCACUCAGCUGGCCGUGCACGAAAUGUUUGUGCCGUCACCCUUUGGAGCGCCAACUGACGCAGCCGAGGAGAUGCGCAUUACGGACAUUGCCUGUGAUAGCAUGAGGGUGUCAUGGGUGGUAGAUCCCCGAGUGUUUACUCGUUUCAUUGUGCGAUACAAUCCCGCUGACCUUCGUGACAAGCCCGUCGACAAAUCGUUGCCUGGACAUGCAUCUACGGUUGAACUCACGGAUCUAAGAGAAAACACAGAAUAUGUCGUUGCACUUCUCGGCUUCAGACGAGGAAAGCAAUCUAACCCACUUACAGCGAGGGUCACAACAGAGUGCAAACAGAAGGUGAUUACAUUGCCUCCAAAGGUUUUACCGGAAGAAGUAUCUGGCACAACGGGUUUAUACGAGUUGCCCGCUUCCAUCACGCAGCUACGUCCAAGUGUAGUUUCCAUCGAGUCGACCGAAGGCGUUCCCGUUGUUUCGGCCAAUGAGUUGCACAUAACGGAAAUUGCACCCAAUAGCGUCAAGGUCUCGUGGGUGGUUGAUCCGAACGUAUUUGACCAUUUCAUUGUGCAGUACACGCCUACUGCCAGUACUGAGAAACCAUUGGAGAAAAGAUUACCCGGUCAAGUCUCCAUGGUAGAUCUGCUAGACUUGACUGAAAAUACAGAAUACACCAUUAAGCUGAUCGGUUACAGGCGGAAAACGCCCUCCAAACCUUUGAUGGCGCUGGUGACAACAGACAUAAAAGUGGUGACGUUAAUGCCAGAUGUGUUAAUCGAGCAAAUACCAGGCACAACAGCUGGAUACAUAUUACCUGAGACCACCAAAUAUGUCCCUUCAAAGGAAGUUUCAGUUCGGUCAGAAUACGGAGCUCCCACUGAUUCAGCCGAUGAAUUGCACAUAACGGAAAUCACAUCAGACAGUAUGAAAGAGGCCAUCGACUACACGGUGACACGUGGACACUCUGGUGGACACAACCGGCCUUCGUCGCCAACGCGUUCCUGA